AUGGUUCACACGCCGGGAGGAGGAUGCUCUUGGUUUGCCUACUUGGAGAUAGGGGAACGUUGUGGAAGAAAUCAUCAGCUUCAUCUGGAGGCCAGUGGGGGUGUGCAGAAGUGGGCAACAUGGAAGAACAUUGGAAAGUUGAACAUCAGGUGGACUGCAGCGUUCUGGAUAAGGUGCAGGAGUUUGAUGACAGAAGCGGCGAACCAAACUUAAUGACAUGUACUAGUCUUUGUGUGAUCUGUACCACUAACUGUGUGUGAAUAGGUCUUCACAAGAUCCUCAACAAGUAAUAUCAUCAGCAGCUAAAGCCUCAAUAUUGAUGUGGCAAGGUUCUCUCUCUUCUGAGCCUGACAUCCUGGAGUGCUUAAAACCACCCUGAGAGACACCAGUAGUGUGAGUAUGUGGUGCUGCCACGGAUCAUAUCCUGGCCAUCUAAAAGGAGCAACCUGCCAGAUAAUAGGUCACCCAGGAGUGUGCAGAGACGCCAGAGACGCCGUACAGCAAAUCCACAUCUUUGACAGACGCCUGGUUAAUCUCUGAAAUACACAACAGGCAUUUCAAGGAGGUGAGGUCUCAGGGAAAUUCCUUUGUCAACUUAAAACCCUGCUCUAUAAUCUAUAAUAUCCACAAUGGCUGAAGAAAGGCCAUCAUGGACCUCUGAAAGGUUUGCUGAUAAAGUGUACAUUUCCAAGAGAAGUAUCAGGAAAAACCAAAUAAACAAAAUACACUACAUUUCCCAAGUGCCGUCAGACAGUGGAAAAGUGGGAAAUGACUUUAACCAAUCUGAUAAUGAUGAUAAUGAUUCACUCUCAAAUAGCAGCUGCACCGGAAUGGUUUAUUUAAACCCACAAACACCUACCUUGACCCUGGCUGAGAAGUUUGCUGAGCUCAACUCUGGAGAAGACAAGAGAUGGUCUCCCUAUCAUGACCCCUGUAGUCCUUCAGGCCCACCAGCAGCCAUUGAACACAAUAUAGCCAAUAGGAGAGGCUCUACUGGCCUGGAAGGGGUCUACCCAGACUCAUGCAAUAACCAAAAGAUUAUAAAAAGGAGACUGCAGAGGAAAGUGUGUAGUAAUGAUCCUUCCGAUCUGAAGCUGCGUCUGGUGAGAGAGAUGAGCCCAAAACCCAAGGUCACUCAUUCUGAUAUACGUUGUGAUGUGCGAGAUAUGUUUGAUGUGUGUGGGACAAAAGGAAAUUGGAAGAGUGGAAUGUCACUAGUAAUUCCCCCUAUGUUGAACAAAGCUGCGACCAUGAUCGACGCCUGCGAAGAGGACAAGGUGCCUAUAUUCUUCGCUGCCAUGAAGAAACGUGGGGUGGAAGGAGACACAGAAAAUCGGCCAUACAAAUGUACCCACUGCAACUGGGCCUUCAAGAAGUCCAGCAAUUUGCAGAGCCACCUGGACACUCAUAGUGGCCUGAAGGCUCAUGUGUGUGACCUCUGCGGCAAGGCCUAUUCCCACCAGGGGACGUUGCAGCAGCACAAGCGCCUGCACACUGGAGAGAGACCCUACCACUGCCCCUUCUGUGACAAGACCUACAUCUGGUCGUCCGAUUACCGCAAGCACAUCCGCACGCACACCGGUGAGAAGCCAUACAUGUGCGAUAUCUGCAGCAAGGACUUUGUCCGCUCCUCAGACCUGCGGAAGCAUGAGCGCAACAUGCACACCAACAACAAGCCUUUCCCCUGCACGCAGUGCGGCAAGACCUUCAAUAAGCCACUGUCCCUGCUCCGCCACGAGCGCACCCACCUGGGCGAUCGGCCCUUCAGCUGUCCCGACUGCGGGAAAGCCUUCGCAGUGGCCAGCCGCAUGGCCGAGCACCAGAAGGUGCACAGCGGAGUGAGACCCUACACCUGCACCGUCUGCGCUAAGUCCUUCACCAAGUCCUCCAACCUGGUGGAGCACCAGGCCGUGCACAGCGGCAUCCGGCCCCACAAGUGCUCUGAUUGCGGGGUGUCAUUCGCCAUGGCGUCCCGCCUGAUCCGUCACCAGCGAGUCCACACCGGGGAGAAGCCUUUCAGCUGCACCGGCUGUAGUAUGUCCUUUAGCCGUACGGCCGCUCUGAAGCGCCACCAGGAGAACACGUGUGCAGGGAGGAUCUUUGUGUGUGUGGAGUGUAACAGAGCUUUCCAGUGUGACUCUCAGCUCACUGAGCACAUGAAGAGCCAUGCUGCUGCAGCCACAAAGGAAGACAACUGAUUCUCACUGGGAGUUACCCUCUCAUAUAGCAACCAACCUAACUGAUCUCUACAUGUUAGGGAAACACAUUGCAUCCUUUGGCAAUAUCUGAAAAUGUAUUCUAAAAGUACUGUAUUUCAUUUUGCCUAUGUGAAAGCUGAGUUGGGAAAAAAAGCACAAAAGUUUAUCAGAGGUAUGAUGAAAACAAAUUAUAGGCAGCUUUUUAUAAUAUCUCUGAUCUAUUGUUAAAUUAUUUAGUAUGCUACAAUGUUGUUGCAAAGUUUAUUGGUAAACCAGACAGACUGUUAAUAACGUCUACUAAGCAUUACUUUCAUGGAAAGUUACGUGUAUAUGAAUGUGUUUCAAAUGUUAACAUAAUGUAUUGCUUACCUGUUCUUAUAACACACUGCCUUUUUGACACAAGCAGCAGCUUUUGCUUUCCGCUAUAUUUUCUUUGAAGUACACCAGUAAUCAUUUGUGCAUGUCGUACGUCUUGUGUCACAGUUCUAUUUAGAUCUUAAUUUAUUUUAAAAUACAGUAACAUGGAAUAGAGGAGAAAACAAUAUUAUCAAUUAUCAGUGUUUAUAACUCCUUUCCUGGAGGGCAGAAACACUUCUGACAACCUGCCCUUCUAAUCAGGGAUUGAUUCCGACUUGGGACACCAGCUGUAUGUGGCUGGUCAGCAGGUAGACACAAAGCUAUUAGAGGCUGGCUAACUCUGCACUAUAUCUUUAUUUUCCCCAAAGACUAAUUAUGUUUAAUUGUAUGUAGCUUGAAAUGGGUCAUCCAAAUCUAUUCUAUAGGUGGGUGAUAAUUCCUAAGAACACCUUUGAGAAGAGGAACAUCCUGCAUUUUUAAGUGCAUGGUGCAUUAAAAAUUGCACCUUAUUUUCUAACAACGGAACUACCUUUGACCAGAGUGCUAAUCUUGUUUCAGAAGCACACCUUGUGACAAACAAGAGAUGGGUCCUGAUGGUGCAUUUGAGAGGUAAAUUAUAUGGGCAGAAUCAUAUGGGCUGAAUUGUAUGUGAACAAUCAGAAUCUUAAUACAUUACAUUUACAUUAUUGUUUGUUAUGGAUUUGUUAGGUUUGGUUUUCAUACUUGGCCCAGUUGUGUAGCAUUCUUUUUUUACACAGUUUGGACACCAUCUCAAAGGGCUACAGGAUAACACUGUGUCCCAUCCUUCUCUGAAAAUCAAGACCAACAAGACUGAAUGAGAUUAAUCUCCUUUAAAGCACUUUUUACUUUUAAUGCUGAUGAGACUUUGAGCUUUCAGCAGAGACAAGUAGUUUGACUUAGACCAGGGGAUUUGAUCUUCUCCAAUACCUCUAUACUAGCAGGUUCUGAUCAUUUGUCCUGAAAUACCUCUGUACUUACUGGUUGUGAACAUUGAUCCCCAAAUACCUCUGUACAUAUUGGUUGGGAACAUUGAUCCUCAAAUACCUCUGUACAUACUGGUUGUGAACAUUGGUUCCCCGAUAUGCCAUAGUUCCCGAUAUGCCAUGUCUUAUUAUGGUUCAGAACAUCUUGAAUGAUACAUUUCUGAUGGUGUAUUAUCAGACAACUUAAGUAUUUCUAUUCAUUAUUUAUCUACGUAAACCAAGAUUGAGUUGAAUUAAGGUAAUUCAACACAGCUAUCUGACAGAGUUCUGUUGCGCACUUGUGCAAUUGGGCUGUACGCUGCUGGCAAUACUCGGCCCUCAUUCAGGGGGGUUGCGGU